AUGGAUCCCUUUGAGAGUAUUGAUCAUAUGGAAGAUGAAGAUUAUUUUGAUCACGAGGAGUAUAUGAUACAAGCAAUGGCCCUACAUAGACGACAACAUGCAGCCGAGGGAGCAUCUGCUUCACGUCGUCUUGAAGCUCACGAUGAUUAUUUUGUCCAAAAAAGAUAUGCCAGUGGGAGACUUGGAUUGUCCUCCCUUCAAAAGAUAACUACAGCAAUUAGGAUGCUUGCAUAUGGGGUUACGGCAGAUCUUAUGGACGAGUAUGUAAGAAUUGGAGAAAGCACCGCACGGUUGAGUAUGAAGAAAUUUGUAAAGGCGAUCGUGUCAAUUUUUGGGGGUCAUACUCCUCCGUGCAACUACACAAUCAAUGGUCAAGAAUACACAAUGAGAUAUUAUCUUGCUGAUGGUAUAUAUCCUUCAUGGGCAACAUUAGUGAAGACAAUUUCUGCUCCACAUGGAAAAAAGAAAAAAUAUUCUGCUGCUUGUCAGGAGUCUGCAAGGAAAGAUGUGGAGCGAGCCUUCGGAGUACUCCAAGCUACAUUUGCAAUUGUGCGUGGACCUGCUAGGUAUUUUCAGCCCCAAGUUCUAAAAGACAUUAUGUACACAUACAUUAUCUUGCACAAUAUGAUCGUUGAAGAUGAGCGUCAUCAAUAUCUCGGGGCUGACCAGUUUAUUUACGAAUCCAAUGAUGAUACUCCACAUGAGCCAAUUUCACGCGAUAAUAUACCUGAAUUCAUGGAGUUCAUUGUGCAACAUCAUUGA